AUGUUAUUUUCCACUAGUCUCAGCCUACGGGUAUAUGAUCGUAAACAUAAGAAGUCCCCCGAACAAAUUCGCCGUAAAACUCGCAGAGUCGUCGUCGUCGUCGUCGUUUAUCGUUCGUAGCUGUUUUCUCGAUUGAUUUCUAAUCAUGGCACUGAACACCGGAAUCAGAUCUAUCUCAAAGAUCAUAGCUUUCUCCGAAGCAUCAGUCUCCAGAUCUGUGAUCAGAAGCUUCCACUCGACUGGAGCUAAGAAGAUGAGCGGAGGACAUGGCCAUGAUGAGCCAUACUACCUCCACGCCAAGCACAUGUACAAUUUGGACCGCAUGAAGUACCAAGGUCUCAAGAUGUCUCUCGGUGUCUUCACCGCUUUCAGCAUCGGUGUUGGUGUUCCCAUCUUUGCCGUUGUCUUCCAGCAAAGAAAGACCGCUUCUGGUUGAGUCUCGCUCUCUCAUGGGUCAUGGCUCUGCUCUUGUUCCUCACCUUGAAUAAUUUGUAUGAUUUCUCAAAACUUUUGCUUGUGCAAGAGAAAGUUUCUUGCUUCAUUUUGGAUCUUAUAUACAAGUAUAUUUGUUUCUGUUUCUUCAUCAUUUGUUGGCUGUUUGACGCUGGAAUAAUGAAAAUCUGAUAUUGAUAUUUUUUUUAAUUA